GAAUCAUGAGGGAGCCAACAAAAUCAAAAAAGAUAAAAAGAACAAAUGCAAAUCCAACGCUAUAACUAUAUUCUGCUAUUACUGAUAGCAUCAUCGUUGUUGAAUCCAUCAUCAGCAAGCAAACAACCCAGUUUUUGUAGCAGCGAAGAAGUUUUUCUCGAGUCGAAUCCAAUGGCAACUCUUGGGGGUAUAAAGGAUUCACCUGCUUCCAACAGCGCCGAGGUCGAUGGUCUCGCUCGUUUUGCCGUCGAUGAGCAUAACAAAAAAGAGAAUAAAAUGUUGGAGUUGGCAAGGGUGGUAAAGGUGCAAGAGCAAGUGGUUUCUGGGACUUUGCAUCAUCUUACUUUGGAGGUUGUUGAUGUGGGUGAGAAGAAAUUAUAUCUUGCCAAAAUCUGGGUGAAGCCAUGGUUGAACUUUAAGGAACUUCAAGAAUUCACACAUAUUGGUGAUGCCACCACCACUUCACCUAAUCUUGAUGUCCAAAAAGAUGAUGAGUCGAUGACUAUUCAUGGAGAUUUCCAGGAUGCUGCAAAUCAUGCCCUCAAGACACUGCAACAAAGGUCUAACUCGUUAUUUCCAUACGAACUUCAAGAAGUCGUUCAUGUAAAAGCAGAGACUGUGGAUGGAACUGCGAAAUAUGAUCUGGUGUUGAAGGUGAAAAGGAGCGAUAAGGAAGAGAAGUUUAAGGCGAAUGUUCACAAGGACAAGGAUGGGAAUUAUCAUGUGAACAACAUGGUGCAAGAUCACUCCUAAUCUAAACAUGGUUUAUAAUGUUGACAAAAGAGUGUUUUUUGUGUGUGAUAAAUAAUGGUUUGUAACUGAAUCAUACUUUCAGGAUCACUACUACUUUGUAUGUUUUAUGGUUUGCAACUUGAAUUGUUUG